AUGCACCUGCUGGAGAGAGUCCAGGACAGGGCUAUCAAGACGACUACAGGUCUUGCACAUCUCUCAUCUGAGGAGAGCCUGAGAGAGCUAGGACGGUUUAGCCUGGAGGCAGAUGGCAGUGCAUGGAUUGCUGUGAGCAAAGGAGUUGGCCAACAUGGCAACAGAGACAAGAAGGUGCACCACAAGCAGAAUGAUAAAAUAGACGAUAUUGGCAGGGACCUCUGGAGAUCCCCUGCUCCAACCCCCCUGAUCAAGAAGGGCAGUAAUUGUGAUCUGGACUACAGUCUCUACAGGGAUGACUUCCCAUACCGGGUAUAUGAGUACCGGAAGAUCCCGCCCCUCAUUAAUCGCAUCCCUGUCAAGGUCAGACGAACUCAUGUUGGGGCAGGAGGCAAAAGUAGUCUAAGCCCCCAGCCUGGGACGAGGAGCAGCACCAGCUCCGUGACAGGACGGACAAAGUUGCGGGCCGAAGAGCUGCAUUCGAUCAAAGGGGAGCUGAGUCAGAUCAAGGCACAAGUGGACAGUCUGCUGGAAAGCCUGGACCUCAUGGACCAGCAGAGAGACCGUCUCUCAGGAUCAAAGGAGAUCGAGAAGAAAAGGGUUGAAGUGAGUGCAGAGUUGCCAUCCCCAGCAGGAGAGGGGCCACGGGAGCCCCAAGGGAAGGAGGGAUCCGGAGCUGAUGGGCACAGUGACCUGCACAACAUCGACAGUGCAGAAGAGAGCACAGACACUGAGGAGACGAUGAAAAAUCACACAUCAGACCUCGAGGGGAGUCAGUAA